AUGGAGGCUUCCAAGGAACAAUCUCAUGGAUGGCUCGACAAACCGCCACGACCCAAAAGCUUCCCUACUGACGAAAACGCGAUAACAGUGAAAGAUGUCACAGGCAGAAAGCACGAGCUAGACAAAAGGAGCUUGGACUAUGUCCUGCGGAGUGGUCUUGCCGGAGGUCUUGCCGGGUGCGCUGCUAAGACAGUUGUUGGACCUCUUGACCGAGUCAAGAUCCUCUUCCAAGCUUCCAAUCCCCAAUUUGCGAAAUAUACUGGCAGCUGGUUCGGCGUGUUUACUGCUAUUCGAGAUAUAAACCGUCAAGACGGUAUCCGAGGGCUCUUCCGCGGUCACUCCGCCACAUUGCUUCGAGUCUUUCCAUAUGCCGGCAUCAAAUUUCUGGCGUAUGAACAGAUUCGGGCGGCAGUUAUACCGACUAAAGCCCAGGAAACGCCCAUUCGUCGAUUUGUAUCUGGGUCACUGGCUGGGAUUACAUCUGUAUUCUUUACAUACCCAUUGGAGGUCAUUCGUGUUCGACUAGCCUUUGAGACAAAGAAAGACUCCCGAUCUUCUCUAUCUCGCAUCUGCAAACAAAUCUACCGAGAACAACCGCGGGAUGUGGCAGGGGCUGCAAAGAGCGCGGAGUCCAUCACGGGGAUUAUAGAACAGAGCAGGCCUCGGUCGGGACUCGCAAAUUUCUAUCGUGGCUUCGCGCCGACCUUAGUGGGCAUGCUGCCUUACGCCGGAAUGUCAUUUCUCACACAUGACACGAUCGGAGAUCUCCUCCGCCAUCCAUCCAUGGCACAAUAUACUGUGCUACCGUCAACGGCUCUGAGCAGAUCAAGAGGCCCCGGCAGACCCAGCCGCCCCCAAUUGACGGCCCCAGCCGAGCUGACCUCUGGUGCUAUUGCUGGGCUUGUCUCACAGACCGCCUCCUACCCGUUUGAAGUCAUCCGACGACGAAUGCAAGUGGGCGGCGCUGUGGGAGAUGGCCAUCGGCUCAGGAUAGCCGAGACGGCUAGGAUGAUCUGGUUGGAAAGAGGCUGGCAGGGGUUCUUCAUUGGUCUGACGAUCGGCUACGUCAAAGUGGUGCCCAUGGUGGCUGUCAGCUUCUAUGUGUACGAACGUGGCAAAUGGUGGCUGGGUAUUGCGUCGUAG